GGGGAGUGCUAGAGCAUCCUCACCACCUCAGCAGAAGGCUGGAGGAAGGAAGAGGAAUGCGCGAGCUGACGCCCUGCUCCGACUGAAUGAGCUGAAGGAUGCAGUCGUCCUUCAUCCCUCCAUCCUUGCUCAGCAUCUCGCAGGAGGAAACAACUCCACAGCUCAGCUUUUAAACCGGGGAUUUCCUUUGGAGCAUAGACGGUGGACUGUUUUCCUGAACGUUUCUAGUUGCUUAGGCAAAAGUUGUGGAUGUUGCCCGGCUUUGAAGUUCCUGCUUCAAGUUUGUGUGUUUUGGCAUCAUGGGAUGCACCACCAGCCUGGUUCUGCUGGAGGGGCUGCGCUCCAUCCUUGAGAGGAAUUGUAACUACAUUAAAGCAGCUGGGGAAAUGAAUGCUUCGGAGGAAGAGGAGGAAACACUGAGCUUCAGGGAAUCUCAUUUGUGGAUUCCUACCACCGCUCUGGUAAAACCAAAGAUUAUAGAACCUCUCGACUAUGAGAAUGUUCUCCUCCAGAGGAAGACCCAGAUCGUCAGUGAUGUUCUACGGGACAUGCUGCAGUUCCCCACAGACGACUUCCAGAUCUCCACCCUGCGGCGCCUGGGCCGCACUCUGUUCUCCACCGUCCCGGAGGCGGCGGAGAAGGAGGCCAGCUCCCUGUUUGUGCAAGAGUGCAUCAAAACGUACAAGUCUGACUGGCACGUGGUCAACUACAAGUAUGAGGAGUAUUCCGGAGACUUCCGCCAGCUCCCAAAUAAAAUGCCAAGACCUGAGAAACUUACAGCUCAUUUGUUUGAGGUGGAUGAAGAUGUGGAGAAAGAUGAGGACGCAGCCUCUCUUGGGUCCCAGAAGGGAGGGGUGUCCAAACAUGGCUGGUUGUACAAAGGCAACAUGAACAGUGCGAUCAGCGUGACAAUGCGGUCCUUCAAGAGGAGGUACUUCCAUCUGGCCCAGUUGGGUGACGGAUCCUACAACCUUAAUUUCUACAAAGAUGAAAACACCUCCAAGGAGCCCAAAGGAACCAUCUUCCUUGACUCCUGCAUGGGAGUUGUGCAGAACAGCAAAGUGCGACGCUUUGGCUUUGAGCUGAAGAUGCAGGAUAAGAGCACCUUCCUGCUGGCUGCAGACAGUGAUGCAGAAAUGGAGGAGUGGAUCAGCACGCUCAACAAGAUUCUCCACAGCAGCUUUGAGCAGGUCAUGCAGGAGAAGAGGAACGGAGAUCUGCAUGACGAUGAAGAACAUGGGAAAACAGACCUUUCCUCAGGAGCUUUUCAAGACACUUUUCAGACUGCCAGAGAUAUUGAAUCCAAAAUGAGGAGUGAAGCUCGCCUCAAGCUGUUAACUCUGGAUCCUGACACUCAGAAACUGGACUUCUCUGGGAUCGAACCAGACGUGCGUCAGUUUGAGGAAAAGUUCGGGAAGAGGAUCCAAGUCAGCUGUCACAACUUGUCCUUCAACCUUCAGGGUUGCGUUUCGGAGAACGAAGACGGCCCCACGACCAAUGUAGAGCCUUUCUACGUAGUCCUAUCCUUAUUUGACGUCCAGAACAGUCGGAAGAUCUCCGCCGACUUCCACGUGGACCUCAACCACCCCCUGGUGCGACAGAUGACGCCAAGUCCCGGGCCGGAUUUGCAAAUAAACGGCAGCAGCCCUGUGGGGAGCCACAGGAGUACCGAGCUGCAGGAGCGUGCUCUGGAAUACCCCACGCAGGGGGUGUUCUCCGUCACCUGCCCCCAUCCUGAGAUCUUUCUGGUGGCUAGGAUAGAGAAAGUCCUACAAGGGGGGAUCACCCACUGCACUGAACCGUACAUGAGGAGUUCAGACUCUACCAAGAUUGCACAAAAGGUGCUGAAGAAUGCAAAGACGGCCUGCAGCAGACUUGGGCAGUACAGGAUGCCCUUCGCCUGGGCUGCAAGGUCGGUUUUUAAAGAUGCGUCUGGAACUCUGGACAAAAACGCUCGAUUCUCGGCUCUCUACAGACAGGACAGCAGCAAGCUGUCAGACGAAGACAUGUUCAAACUGCUCACUGACUUCAGAAAACCAGAGAAAAUGGCCAAACUCCCUGUUCUUUUAGGAAACUUAGAUGUCACCAUUGAUAGCGUGGCUCCGGAUGUGACAAACUGUUUCACUUCCUCCUACAUCCCUUUGAAGAACUUUGAAGCAAACGGGCCGGGCAGUACCCUCCUAGAGGUCGAGGAGUUUGUUCCUUGUAUCGCAAAGUGUUCCCAACCUUUUACCAUCUAUAAAAACCACCUUUACGUUUACCCCAAACACCUCAAAUAUGACGGGCAGAAAUCUUUUGCAAAGGCGAGGAAUAUUGCUGUUUGUAUUGAAUUUAAGGAUUCGGAUGAAGAGGAAGCCCAACCACUGAAGUGCAUUUAUGGUCGUCCUGGCAGGCCUUUGUUCACCAAGCAGGCGUAUGCAGCCGUCCUGCACCAUCAGCAGAACCCCGAGUUCUAUGACGAGAUAAAGAUCGAGCUGCCCACUCAGCUGCACGAGAAACACCACCUUCUCUUCACUUUCUAUCACGUCAGCUGUGAUGGCAACAGCAAAAAGAAAGACCUGGUCGAGACUCCAGUGGGUUCAGCUUGGCUGCCUUUGCUAAAGGAUGGGAGCAGAGUCAUUGUGAAUGAACAGCAGCUGUCUGUGGCUGCCCAUCUUCUACCAGGGUACCUGAGCUCCCAGGAUGGUUCCAACAAGCAGUCUGGCUCAGACAUUAAGUGGGUUGAUGGAGGGAAACCGCUCUUCACAGUCUCAACCCAUCUUGUCUCCACAGUUUACACUCAGGAUCAGCAUUUGCACAACUUCUUCCACCACUGUCAAAGUGUGGAGAUGUCGGAACAAGCUUUAGACGGAGGGCUUGUCAAAUAUCUGAAGAGCCUUCACGCCAUGGAAGGUCACGUCAUGGUUAAUUUUCUGCCCACCAUCCUCAACCAGCUGUUUUGUGUCUUGACCAGAGCCACCCACGAAGACGUGGCUGUUAACGUCACCAAGGUCAUGGUCCAUGUGGUGGCACAGUGCCACGAAGAGGGGUUGGAGCAUUACCUGCGAUCUUAUAUUAAGUUUGUGUUAAAGCCAGAACCUUUCUCCUCCACCUGUGUGAAAACGGUUCACGAGGAGCUGGCCAAAGCCAUGACCGCCAUUCUCAAACCAUCUACAGACUUUUUAACCAGCAACAAGAUUCUGAAGCAUUCCUGGUAUUUCUUUGAAGCUCUGGUUAAGUCGAUGGCCCAUUUCCUCAUCGAGAGCGGUAGGGUCAAGCUCUCCAGGAACCAGCGUUUUUCCGCCUCCUACCAACACGCCGUGGAGACCCUGGUCAACAUGCUGAUGCCGCACAUCACCCAGAAGUACAAAGACAACCUCGACGCCUCUCGGAACGCCAACCACAGCCUGGCGGUUUUCAUCAAGCGCUGCUUCACCUUCAUGGACAGAGGCUUCGUGUUCAAGCAGAUCAACAACUACAUGAACUGCUUCGUGCCUGGAGACCCAAAGACUCUAUACGAGUUUAAGUUUGAGUUCCUGCGGGUGGUCUGCAGCCACGAGCACUUCGUGCCUCUCAACCUGCCCAUGCCCUUCGGAAAGGGCAGAAUCCAGAGGUAUCAAGAUCUCCAGCUGGACUACUCCUUGACCGACGACUUCUGCCGGAACCACUUCCUGGUGGGCCUGCUCCUGCGGGAGGUGGGAGCGGCGCUCCAGGAGUACAGAGACGUCCGCCACAUCGCCAUCCAGGUCCUCAAAGGGCUGAUGAUCAAACACACGUUCGACGACCGCUACGCCACUAAAAGCCAGCAGGCCAGGCUGGCCACUCUCUACCUGCCUCUGUUCGGCCUGCUGCAGGAAAACGUUCACCGACUGGACGUUAAGGAUUCGGCUCCGCCCAGCAGCCACAAUAACACGAGGGAGGACUCUCUGGUGGUUCCCCAGAAACCCGGAAGCUGCAUAGAAAACGCUCUGCACAAAGACGUGUUCGGGGUGAUCUCUGGAACAGCGUCUCCUCACAGCUCCACCCCCAACGUGAGCUCCGUCCACCACGCAGACUCCAGAGGAUCGCUGGCCUCCACCGACUCAGGAAACAGCCUUAUGGACAAGAACAACUCUCUGGAGAAGAACCAGAGCGCAUCGACUGCUGGAAGCGCCGUGCUGCGCAGCGACAAGCUAGACCGAGACGAAAUCAAAAACCUCCUCAUGUGCUUCCUGCACAUCCUCAAGAGCAUGUCAGAGGAGGCUCUUUUUACCUACUGGAACAAAGCCUGUCCUUCAGAGUUGAUGGACUACUUCACAUUACUGGAGAUCUGCCUCCACCAGUUCAGAUACAUGGGGAAGAGAUUCAUCUCCAGGAUCCAGGAGGGCGGCGGGCCUGUGGCUGCAGACAGGAAGUCUCUCACUCUGCCUGUUUCUCGCAACAGAAGCGGGAUGCUGCACGCUCGCCUGCAGCAGCUGGGAGGCCUGGACAGCAGCGCUCACACCAUCAACAACAUGUACACCCAUUCAGAAGCAGAUGUGAACAGCUGGUGUCUGCUGGAGGCCAACGUGUCCACAGAGGUCUGUCUGACGGUGCUGGACACCCUGAGCGUCUUCAUCAUGGGAUUCAAGACCCAGCUGAACUCCGAUCUCGGCCACAACCCCCUGAUGAAGAAGGUCUUCCAGGUGCACCUGUGCUUCCUGCAGAUCCCUCAGUCGGAGGUGGCCCUCAAACAAGUCUUCACCUCUCUCAGGACCUUCAUUUACAAGUUCCCGUGUACAUUCUUUGACGGCCGCGCCGACAUGUGCGCUUGCCUCUGCUACGAAAUCCUCAAAUGCUGCAACUCCAAGCUGAGCUCCAUCCGCAGCGACGCCGCCCACCUCCUCUACUUCCUCAUGAAGAGCAACUUUGACUACACCGGCCGCAAGUCCUUCGUGCGGACUCACCUGCAGGUGGUGAUCGCCGUCAGUCAGCUGAUCGCGGACGUCAUUGGAAUCGGGAGUACGCGCUUCCAGCAGUCUCUCUCCAUCGUCAACAACUGUGCCAACAGCGACAAGAACAUAAAGCGUUCCCGUCCGACGUGAAGGACUUGACCAAGCGCAUCAGGACGGUGCUGAUGGCCACCGAGCAGAUGAAGGACCACGAGAACGACCCGGAGAUGCUGGUGGACCUCCAGUACAGCUUGGCCAAGUCCUACACCAGCACCCCGGAGCUGCGUAAGACCUGGCUGGACAGCAUGUCCCGCAUCCACAACAAGAACAGCGACCUGUCAGAGGCGGCCAUGUGUUACGUUCAUGUUGCAGCUCUGGUGGCUGAGUACCUGUGGAGAAAAGGGAUGUUCAGGCAGGGCUGCUCCGCUUUCCGGGUCAUCACUCCCAACAUCGACGAAGAGGCGGCCAUGAUGGAGGACGUGGGGAUGCAGGACGUUCACUUCAACGAGGAGGUCCUCAUGGAGCUGCUGGAGGAGUGUGCUGACGGGCUUUGGAAGGCGGAGCGUUAUGAGCUCAUUGCUGAUGUUUAUAAGCUUAUUAUUCCCAUUUAUGAACAGCGCAGAGACUUUGAGAAAUUAACACAUCUGUAUGACACGCUGCACCGUGCCUACACAAAGGUCAUGGAGGUGAUGCACUCCGGCAAGAGGCUGCUGGGCACGUUUUUCCGAGUGGCGUUCUUCGGACAGGCUGCGGGUUUCUUCGAGGAUGAAGACGGGAAAGAGUACAUCUACAAGGAGCCAAAGUUCACGCCUCUAUCGGAAAUUUCCCAGCGGCUCCUGAAGCUCUACUCCGAUAAAUUCGGCCAGGAGAACGUCAAAAUCAUUCAGGACUCUGGGAAGGUGAAUCCCAAAGACCUGGACUCCAAGUACGCCUACAUCCAGGUGACUCACGUGACCCCCUACCUGGACGACAAGGAGCUGGAGGACAGGAAGACGGACUUCGAGAAGAGCCACAACAUCAGGCGCUUCGUGUUCGAGACGCCGUUCACCGUUUCAGGGAAGAAGCAGGGGGGAGUGGAGGAGCAGUGCAAGCGGCGCACCGUUCUAACAACCACCCACUGCUUCCCGUACGUCAAGAAGCGCAUCCCCGUCAUGUACCAGCACCAGACCGACCUGAGCCCCAUCGAGGUGGCCAUCGACGAGAUGAGCUGCAAGGUGGCCGAGCUGCGCCUGCUGUGCUCCGCCUCCGAGGUGGACAUGAUCCGGCUGCAGCUCAAGCUGCAGGGCAGCAUCAGCGUUCAGGUGAACGCCGGUCCUCUCGCCUACGCCAGAGCCUUUCUGGAUGAUAGCAGUGCCAAAAAAUACCCCGACAAUAAGGUCAAGCAGUUAAAGGAGGUGUUCAGGCAAUUCGUAGACGCCUGUGGUCACGCGCUGGGCGUCAACGAACGACUGAUUAAAGAAGACCAGCAGGAGUACCACGAUGAGAUGAAGGCCAACUACCGGGACCUGACCCGAGAGCUGUCUAACAUCAUGCAUGAACAGAUAAACCCAAUCGAAGAGGGUUCCAGGAAUACUCUGAACAACUCCAUGGGUAUCUUCAAUGCCAUCAGUGGCACACCAAGCCCCCACGGCUCCACCACCAUUCUCUGACUGCGUUUUACUCCAGUUUAGAACACACAUCCCCAGUACCUGAAGAGUCAAUCAGGUUUUUUUUCUUUUUUAAAGACUCAAACUAAAAUUGCCACUAUUUUUUGCUCUAUUUUCUCCCAGUUUCUUGGCAUCGGCUGAAAAAAGUUGGUGUUUCCUAUGGAGACCACAGUUUUGAAUUCAGUGGCAGUUUUGUUGUUUUUAAAUGAAGUACCAAUCCAGACUGACAACUUCAAAUAUGUUUUUGUUUGUCCAAAACUAUUUCCUUUAGAAGCGAUUAAAACACUCCCAUUCAUUUAAAGAGGUAAACCGCUAAAUAUU